ACUUGUGAUUUGGCAAAAUCUGAGAGAAACAAAUAUGAGAGAGAGAGAGAGAGAGAAGAUAGUGAUUGGCGUGGUUGGUCAAUAAGUGACGGCUCUCCAUGCAUCAACGUGUUUCUUCAUGAGCCAAAACUUAAGCCUUCUAAAAUCCUAAAAAAGAAUUCUCUCCCCCAACUCAGGGACCGGAGACAGAGAUGUCGCUUCCACGACCCACGGAUCCCUUACCCUUACCUUCAAUUUACGAGUCUCCGCCGUCGCUUGCGGCCACUGCUACUACAAGCUCUUCUUUUUCUCACAACAAGAGGAAAAAGAGAGCGACGAGGAUCUUUUCACUGUUCCAGAUGUGGAAGCUCCACCCUCUACCGCGAUUCCUAAUACUUGUACUAACAAGAAUACUCCGGAGGUUCAGCGCCGCAGCCGCAGCCGCAGGGGACGUAAUCCUGUCGAUAAGGAGCACAGAAGGCUCAAGAGAGUUGGUUAAUGCUCUACAAGCUCUUGAGCAAAGGAGAACAUUCAGAAUGGAGGAGUCCUCAGAGGAAGCUUUUUUGGUGAAGCAAAAGGGCAAGUUAGCUGAAGAAGCAAAGAAAGCUGGAAGUAAUUCUUUUAACAAGGGCAAGCAACAUGCAAAUAGAAGGAAGGGAGGUAGAAGAACAAAUUUCCUACCUUGUCCUACUUGCAACAAAACCAACCAUCUUGAGAAAGAUUGCUGGCAAAAGAGUGGAGUUAAAUCACCUCAAUGUGGUUUUUGCAAGAAGCUAGGUCAUGUCGAUAAAAAUUGCAGACUCAAGCAAUAUAGGCAAAACCAGAAUCAAAAUCAGAAUCAUAACCAGCAACCUGCACAACAACUUAAUUACCACGAUGAUCAAGCUCAAUGUGAUGAUCAUAUUUUUGCUGUUACUCACUCCUCAAAUACCAGUAGCAGACACACUUGGUUUGUGGAUAGUGGUUGCACUUGUCACAUGGCAAGGGAUGAAAGCAUGUUCUCUUCCAUUGAUAAAUCAGUGAGGAUCAAAGUAAAGCUUGAAAAUGGAGAAAUUGUGGAGUCUCAAGGCAAGGGUUCUAUAUAUAUUCAGACCAAGCAAGGUAUCAAACUAGUUCCUGAUGUUCUUUUCAUUCCUAGUUUAGAUCAAAACUUGCUUAGUGUUGCUCAAAUGAUGAAGAAGGAUUAUUCCUUGUCAUUCAAAGAUAAUGUGUGCUCCAUUUUUGACUCUCAUGGUGCUGAAAUUGUUAAAGUUAAUAUGGUGGGUAAUAGUUUUCCUUUAAAUUGGAAUUCGAUUCAACAAUACACCUCAUAUGUUCCUAGAAAUGUUGAAUCUGAUUUUGUGGCAUAAAAGAUUUGGCCAUUACGACUUGAAUUCUCUCAAAUACAUGCAAAGUAAAGAAAUGGUUAGAGAUAUGCCUGGAAUUUUUUUUAUGGUAGUGUGUGUGGAAAUUGCCAACUUGGCAAGUCUCAUAGACAAUCUUUUCCCGAUAAUGCAACAUGGAGGACCAAGGAAAAGCUGGAAUUGGUUCAUAUUGAUGUAUGUGGACCAAUGAGGACAGCUUCCAUAAGUAACAACUCGUAUUUCAUCCUCUUUAUUGAUGAUUUGACAAUGAUGACUUAGGUUUAUUUUCUCACCAACAAAUCUCAAGUUUUUUCAGUAUUUAAAAAAUUUAAAGCUCUUGUUGAAAGACAAAGUGGCUGCAAAUUGAAAACUUUGAGAUCAGAUAAUGGUACUGAGUAUGCUUCUAGUGAGUUUAACAAAUUCUGUGAAGAUUUGGGAAUCAAGCAUCAAUUUUCAGAUAGUUAUUUUGUUGAACAAAAUGGUGUCUCAGAGAGGAAGAGUAGAACAGUAAUGGAGAUGGCUAGAUGCAUGAUGAUUGAGAAGAAAUUACCAAAGAAUUUUUGGGCAGAAGCUGUACAUACAGCUGUAUACCUUCUCAACAGGCUUCCUACAAGGUCAGUGCAAAGAAUGACACCUGUGGAGGCUUGGUUUGAUUCAAAACCAUCAGCAAAACACGUAAAAGUGUUUGGUUCAACUUGUUACAUUCAUAUUCCUGCAGUAAAGAGAGGCAAGCUUGAUGAUAAGGUAGAGAUUAGUAUCUUUUUGGGUUAUGCAGCUCAAUCGAAGGGUUAUAGAGUGUACAAAGUUGAAGCCAAGAAGGUGGUUGUGUGUAGGGUUGUGAAGAUUGAUGAAGAUGCUUAUUGGAAUUGGAAAACAAAUCAAGUUGAGUAUUGUUGUUCAGAUCAGCAGAAAACUAGAAUUGUUCCUGCAAUUCUAGAAUUAGAUUCUAAUUUCAUUACAGAUUCUGACAUUGGUUCACCUCCACCAAGAAUCAAAUCUCUUGCUGAGAUUUAUGAGAUUUGUAACCUGGCUAUUUCAGAACGUUCAAACUAGGUUGAAGCCUCAACCAAUGAUGCAUGGUAGCUGCAAUGCAAGAGGAGAUUAGGAUGAUUAACAAGAAUGAAACUUGGAUUCUCACCCCUAGACCUAAGAAUAGGGGUUCAUUAGAGUUAAAUGGGUUUACAGAGUUAAAUUGAAUCUUGAUGGAAGUGUGUUCAAGUACAAAGUAAGGCUAGUUGUUAAGGGAUAUGCUCAUGUCCUUGGUAUUGACUAUGGAGACACAUUUGCUCCUAUUGCAAAGCAUGAACAUGAUACUGUGAGAUUACUGAUUGCACUUGCUGCUCAAAACAAAUGGAAGAUUUUUCACUGGAUAUCAAGUCUGCAUUCCUCAAUGGCAACUUGGUGGAAGAAAUCUUUGUUGAACAGUCUGAAGAAUUUGAAAUUGUUGGUCGUAAAGAUCAUGUCUAUAAGCUUAAUAAAGCUUUGUAUGGAUUAAAACAAGCUCCUAGAGCUUGGUACAGCAGAAUGAAUUCUCAUUUACUUGAUCAAGGCUUUCAAAGAAGUCCUAAUGAGCCAACUUUAUAUGUGAAGCACACCAAAAGCAAGAGUUUGCUUAUUGUCUCUUUGUAUGUUGAUAAUUUAUUGGUAAUGGGAGACAACUUAGAGGAAAUUCAAAGAAAGGGUUAUGCAUGAAUUUGAAAUGUCAGACCUUGGUUUGAUGAAGUAUUUUCUUGGCAUUGAAUUCGACCAAUCUAAAAGUGGAAUAUUCAUCUCUCAGCACAAUAUGCCCCUGAUAUGUUGAAGAAAUUCAGUAUGGAGAAUUGCAAAUCAGUUGCAACUCCAUUGGUGAUGAAUGAAAAGCUUCAUAAAGAUAAUGGGGAACCAAAAGUAGAAGGUUCUACUUUCAGAAGUCUAAAUGGCAGCUUACUGUAUUUGACUGCUACAAGGCUUGAUUUGAUGUUUUCAGCUAGUCUUUUAUCUAGAUUCAUACAAUCUCCAAGUCAUAAGCAAUUUGGUGUUACUAAAAGGGUCCUCAGAUAUUUGAAAGGUAUUGCAAACUAUGGUAUUUAUUAUACCAAUGUUGAGGAUGCUGCUUUGGUUGGGUAUUCAAAUAGUGAUUAUGCUGGUUGCUUGGAUGAUUAUAAAAGCACCUCUGAUUAUGUUUUUUCUUUUGGGUCUGGAGCUUUCACUUGGAAUUUAAGGAAGCAAGAUAUUGUUGCUCAAUCCACAGCAUAAGCAGAGUAUGUUGCAGCUGCAUCUACCGCCAAUCAAGCCAUUUGGUUAAAAAAAAUUUUAUUUGAUUUGCAGCAACCUGAAGAAGAACCUACAACUAUUUUUGUGGACAACAAAUUAGCUAUUUCCAUAGCUGCAAAUUCAGUUCAACAUGGUAGGACCAAGUUCAUUAAUGUGAAGUUUCAUGCUUUGGGAGAAGCUGAGAAGAAUGGAGAAA